GCCCACGCCAUGUCCCCGCGGCGCCGCCGCCCCUGUGCCGGGGGCUGCCCGGCCAUCCCCGCGUGCCCCCGCAGCCCGGGCGCCGCGCCGUGAGGGGUCCCGCCGAGUCGGGGAGCGCAGCCCGGGAUGGCCUCGCUGGACCUGCCCUACCGCUGCCCGCGCUGCGGCGAGCACAAGCGCUUCCGCAGCCUGUCCUCGCUGCGGGCGCACCUGGAGUACAACCACACCUACGAGACCCUCUACGUGCUCUCCAAGACCAACAGCAUCUGCGACGCCGCCGUCUUCCCGCUGGCCGCCGACGCGGCCCUGCUGAGCCCGGCCGCCCGCAGGGACUACUUCGAGAGCACCUCCUUCCAGGGCAAGGAGCAGCGCUUCUCCUGCGACCUGGUGCCCGCCGAGGAGCUGGAGCCGGCGCCGGCCUCGUCGCCCUCGCCGCGCUAUGUGCACGAGAUCGAGAUCCCGCUGACCGAGCUCUUCGCCCGCGGCAAGGCCGUGGCGCCCGCGCCCGUCCCGCCGGCCGCCGCGGACGCGGCCUACGAGGAGGGCCUGGCCCGCCUCAAGAUCCGCGCCUUCGAGAAGCUGGAGGUGGACAAGAGGCUGGAGAAGCUGACGGAGGAGGUGGAGCAGAAGAUCGCCUCGCAGGUGGGCCGGCUCCAGGUGGAGCUGGACCGCAAGAGCUCGGAGCUGGAGAAGGCCAAGCAGGAGAGCCUGCGGCUGAGCCGCGAGAAGCAGGAGCUGGAGGACCGCGCCUCGGAGCUGUCCCGCCAGGUGGACGUCAGCGUGGAGAUGCUGGCGUCCCUCAAGCAGGACCUGGUGCAGAAGGAGCAGGAGCUCACGCGGAAGCAGCAGGAGGUGCUGCAGAUCGACCAGUUCCUGAAGGAGACGGCGGCGCGGGAGGCCAACGCCAAAGUGCGGCUGCAGCACUUCAUCGAGGAGCUGCUGGAGCGCGCCGACCGCGCCGAGAAGCAGCUGCAGAUCAUCAGCAGCAGCUGCGGCACCACCCCCAACGGCAGCCUGGGCCGCUGCGGCACCCCGGCCACCAAGGGCAUCGCCAGAGCGGCACCUCUGCGGGCACAGAGAGAGCGGCACCCGGGCCCGGGGGUGGCCGCGCACGGUCCCUACGGCGUGUCCAACCAGCGCUCCUCCUCCAGCACCGGGGCCUCGAGCCGGGCCAAGGCUGUGUCGCAGAGCUCGGGCUGCUACGACAGCGACAGCGCGGAGCCGUGUCCCGCGGAGGACGCGGCCGAGGCACCGCCGUUCGCGGCGCGGGGCUCGGGGCUGCGCCGCCAGGCCAUCCACAACUGGCACCGCCGGCCCUACCGCAACAGCACCGAGGGCGAGGAGGGCGACGUGUCCGACGUGGGCUCCCGCACCACCGAGUCGGAGGCCGAGGGCUGGGAGCCCGAGGGGCCGGGCUGCGCCGCGUCCCGAGCGCCCGGCGGCUGCCGCCUGACCGUGGCCACGGACGCCGGGUGUGCCGCGGGCAGGCCCGAGGGGGCCGGGGGCAAGGCGUGCCGGCCGGAGCGGGGCAGCCCGGGCCACUCCAGCGAGGUGAUCAGCCCCGAGAUCCUCAAGAUGCGGGCGGCCCUCUUCUGCAUCUUCACCUACCUGGACACCAGGACGCUGCUGCGCGCGGCCGAGGUGUGCAAGGACUGGAAGUUCGUGGCCCGGCACCCGGCCGUGUGGACGCGGGUGCUGCUGGAGAACGCCCGCGUCUCCUCCAAGUUCCUGGCCAUGCUGUCCCAGUGGUGCACCCAGAUGCAUUCCCUCACCCUCCAAAACCUGAAGCCGCGCCAGCGGGGCAAGAAGGAGAGCAAGGAGGAUUACAUGAAGAGCACACGGGGCUGCCUGGAAGCGGGGCUGGAGUCCCUGCUGAAGGCGACGGGCAGCAACCUGCUGAUCCUGCGCAUCUCGCACUGCCCCAACGUGCUGACCGACCGCUCCCUCUGGCUGGCCAGCUGCUACUGCCGGGCCCUGCAGGCUGUCACCUACCGGAGCUCCACGGACCCCGUGGGCCAUGAGGUGAUCUGGGCCCUUGGAGCAGGCUGCAGGGACAUCAUCUCCCUGCAGGUCGCCCCUCUGCAUCCCUGCCAGCAGCCGACGCGCUUCAGCAACCGCUGCCUGCAGAUGAUCGGGCGCUGCUGGCCCCACCUGCGGGCGCUCGGCGUGGGGGGCGCCGGCUGCGGCGUGCAGGGCCUGGCAUCGCUAGCCCGGAACUGCAUGAGGCUGCAGGUGCUGGAGCUGGACCAUGUGGCCGAGAUCAACCAGGAGGUGGCUGCCGAGGUGUGCCGGGAGGGGCUCAAGGGGCUGGAGAUGCUGGUGCUGACGUCCACCCCGGUGACCCCCAAAGCCCUGCUGCACUUCAACAGUGUGUGCCGGAACCUGAAGUCCAUCGUGGUGCAGGUGGGCAUUGUGGACUACUUCAAGGAGCCCCACAGCCCCGAGGCCAGGAAGAUGUUUGAAGAAAUGGUGAACAAACUCCAGGCCCUGAGGAAAAGACCCGGCUUCUCCAAGAUCCUGCACAUCAAGGUGGAAGGAGGCUGUUAGCCCUCCAGGGACCCCACAGCACAGCCCGCGGCCCUGGGCACCAAACCCGGGUGGGGACCCCCGGCUGGAGCCCCAAACCCUCGCGGGCCCUUGGGACCGGCGGCCGGGGCCAGAAGGUGCUAUCAAGGACAAUUUUGGGCUGCCCCGAGAGCCAAGAGCUCUUUCCCAGGAGGGAAGACGGCUUUGAAGGCCAAGGAUGCGUGUUUGGGGUCCCACUGAACUCUCUUUGGGAUGGCUCAGCCCAUCUCGGGGUCUUGGCUGGGCUCGGCCCACAGCCCCGGCCUGUCCGUGGGGUGGGGAGGGGCUGCUCCUCCCCAGCAUUCCCACAGGGUUUCUGCUCCUUUUUAUUUGGGAUUUGGCAGAGGGGCACCCAAAGCCGGGGAAGCAGUCCCAGAAACCAGCACACCACAGCACAAGGAGCAGAGCUGCACCUCGGGGCUCGGGGAGCACAGGAGAGAUGGGCGCUCUCCCAGAGGUCUCCAGCCCCGCUCCCUCUCCACCAAAACCCUCCUGCCAAGGCAAUAAACCAGCUGCAAAAUCUUCAUCCACCAGGAAAGGGGUCACCAUCCUGUCCCCACCAUCCACGCCCGGACUCCAUCCGGGCUCAGAUGUCCCGUGUGGAGAGAGAGACUGUCAUGGGACACCCCCGUUUGCCUUCCUGAGCAGCCUGAAGGAGAAACACUGGCCAGAUUGUCCUGAAAUUAUCCUGGCAAAAGCACCAACCAACAGCCCUGGCUGACCCUUAUCUACAGCCACCAUUUUCUAAAUCUGAUUUUUCUUCUGAGUGUCCUCAGCCUGCAAGGACAUCCUCAUCCCCAGAACAUCCUUCUUCCACGGGAACAGGCUUUGGAAAGGCAUCCAGUGGGGUCAAGCAUCUCCAUCCUGCACCCUGGGGAGAAGGUACCAGGAGGUGGCCCUGGCACUGGGGACACCCCUCAGAGCACUGCCAGCAGUGGGGACACCCCAGCCUUACCCACAGCCCCAGCCCCGUGUCCUGGGACCCCUUGGACGGGGCUGAGCGGAGAGGAAGCGGCUGGGAAAGUGGAUUUGGGGCUCUCCCCUCUUCUCUGGCCCAGCGCUGGAGGUUUUGGUGCCUGGUGGCCAGCGUGGCUGUGAGGGGACACCUCGCAGAGCCCGUCCCCACGUGGAGCGUCCCCCGGGCGGGACCGGGCUGCAGAUCCAGCACCACGUCCCUCACCCACGGCACGAGAGCUGCUGCCCUCAGCUGGGGCUGCCACACAGCCCGUGGGGUCCCCAGAGCAAGGAAAAUCACCCCCAAAUGGCCGAGGCUGGUGUGGCUCUGGAGGCAGCUCCCAAACUCCAACCUGGAGACCCUUCAGCCACCCUUCAUCCCACCUGCGCUGUCUGCUCUGAAACAGGGGCAGGGUUUUGUGGCCACAGCCCCCGUGGGCAGCAGCCCUGCUCCCCCUCCAUGCAGCUUUCCAGGAGAAGGCUGGCCCUGAAUGCACAAAAUGAGAGUGAAAACGCCUGCCAGAAACUCCUGCACCCCACGGAUGAACCCUGGCAGCGGGACCAGCUCCCUGCCGUGCCCAGCGCGGGUUUACCUCCACCUGAGCAGCCUGGCACACUCCCAGUCCAGGGGCAAGAGCAGCAAGGGAUGCCUCGAGCAGCAAAACCCACCCAGCAGAGCUGCCGGGUCCCCGGGGACCAUCCAGCCCCGUGCAGGAGCGUGGCCCGGUGGAGAUGGCACCACCUCCGUGCCGGGCCUGUGGAAUUCCCUUAAAAACAAAACAAAGUACGUAUUUAUUUCUAUAAACAGAAGAAGGAAAAAGAAACAAGAGAUUUUAAAGGAAAAUUAUAUACUCAGCAUGUUUGUACACUCUGUGCUUAAAGACUCUGGUGGCCCAGAGCGGUGGCCCAGGCCUGGAGGUGGCUGCUCCGGGUGUGCCGGUGCCUGGAGCCUCUCCCGGGCCGUGGGGAGGGUGAGGAUGAGGUGAUGGAAAGGGGGAGGUGUGAGGACUCUCAGAGGGUCAGUGCUGCGUGUGUGGUGGGUGUGUGGUGGCGUUGGUGACUCUGUGACAUCCCCACCCCUGCGCUGCCCCCGGGGCUUUGGAAGUCACGGCAGGACCCUCACCUGGACUCGGCAGGACCCUCACCUGGACUCUGCUUUGGUGCAUCCCCAAGACCAGAUCAAACUGUCACCUCUCCUUGGGGCAUUCCCGAAAAUCCCAGCUCAGCAAAGCCACUUUUUACAAAAAUCCUCGGAUGACACAAGACCUUCAGCGGGUUCAAGGAUUAGAAGAUGGAAAGUGGGGGUUUCUCCCUGUUUGGCUUGGGCUUGAAUGGAUCCCUUCCUCAUCCUCCUCCUCCUCGGCUGGGGAUGAAGGCGGCUGGCACAGUGACAGGAGUGCUGGGCAGGAGGGCCCUGCUGGUGGCUCCUAAUUGCCCAGCUUGUUAAUGAGCUCAUUAAGGGCUCUGAAAUGUCAGAAGGAUGCUGCCCCUGCUGCUUUCUCUGCCCUGUCCCGCAGGAGUGUGGCCCCAUAAGGAUCCAUCCCCGCAGGAGCUCCGGCCAGGCUGUCCCUGGCUCACGGCGCCUCAGCCCCAUUUCCUCUGAAGUGAUGGGAAUGCCCACAAAUCCCGAAUUUCCUGGGAAAGCCUUCAAACCACGCAGCACGUUCAGCUCAGCCCCUGAGGAGAAGUGCCAGAGGGGCUCUGCGAUGACAAUCCCAGAAAACUGCACGGAUCCGAGAGAGGACUGGGGUCACAGCGAUGGGCAGAGCUGGCCGGGCGGGAUGGACGGUGGUUCUGAGCCUGGCUCCUGCAGGACCGCUUCUGGGGAGAUUUAUUCCUUUUCUACGGCGUUUUCCCAAAGUUUCCCCGUGGCUGACACUGCCAGCAUUCCCCUUCACCCGAGUUCGGGCGCUGGUCAGGGAUUCCGAGAGGAACAUCACCAAAGGCAGCUCGGGGGCCAAAGCCAUCCCAAAUCCUGUUUGUGUGUCUCCCUCGUGUUGGAUUUCCCUCGUUCCAUCACUCCAAGCCGCAGGAGCUCUGGGGAUCAGGGGCCUCCUCCUGCCUUAUCCCUCUGCCUUGGGGCUCCAGGUGUCAGGGAUGAGGGAAAAGGGACACCCAGGCUGGCUCUGCCCCACCAGGAUUUUAAACCUCUUUGUCCCUCUUCUUGCCGUGUGUCCUGGUCCCUGCUGCCACCAAGGGCAGGGCCAUGGCAGGGGCUUGUCUCAAAAAGAGCCUGGAUUUAGGGAAAACAGAACAAAAACCAACCCAGGAGAAGUGAUGGUAAUGGCUCCAAAAGUGGUUAACAGAUGUUUUCCUUCAGCUUUUAGGGGAGGCCCCAGCCCAGGAGCUGGAGCAUUGUUCAGCCUCAUUUUGGGGUGAGAAACAGCAGGUUUGGGUGGAGCAAAAGCAUUUGGGAAUUGGUGCCAAAUGAGGAAGUGCUUGAAAAGGUAAAGAUCCCAGGGAGAUUUUGGGAAGCAGAGGUGGUUUGUUGUGACUGAUUGCAGGGUGUUGUGAGGUGGUGAUGGACCUUCCCCAUCAGUGGGAGGCAAAAUAAUCCCUGGGGAGGGUGGGAGAGCACUGAGGAAAAGCUGCUGCAGCAGCGAGGAGGGAAAACUGCCCAAAAGCAAGGGAAAAAAAGGGAUUUUCUAAUGCAGCCUCGGGAUUGAGCCCCGUGGAGGGCAACGAGGCAGGUUGGGGCCGGGGACAAGUGGGUGCAAUGGUGUGGGGCAGUUUUUGGGAUGCAAAGAGGUAAUGCACAGUUGCUUCGAGAUAAUCAGAGGAGAUAAUCAGUGCAGAGAACAGAGAUAUAUAAAUCAGGAACUGGAAUCAUUCCCUACAGCCCUGGAUGGCAGCGGUGUACAGCGACCUCCCCUCCCCCGAGGUUCCCGUGGCCUCCCAAGUUAUUUUUUUAACUCUCUAUAAAUUUAGGUCUAUUUUAGUCUUUCCGCAGCGAUGUGCCAGUGUCUGGAGAACCAAACGUCCCUUUCUGCCCCCACCCCGUGGUCCCUGGAUGCUAAACUGGGCCUUGGUGCGAGAGCUGCCGGAGCAGUUCCUGAGGGGAGCGCUGGGAUGGGGCAGGGCAGGAGCUGGAGCCUGGGGCAGGAGCCAGGGCUCCGGCCAGCAGCCCGUGGGUUUAGCACUUUGGUUGGAACUCUCACCUGUAGACGCACUUUGAUGUUGUUGCUUUGAAACUUUGGCAAGUGUAAACCAUGUGUAUUUAAAGAAUUACAGAGAAACGACCCCCAGCAAAGCGUGUAAAGAGCUAUUUUAUGAUUCAGUGUUGAAUAAAGACUCUGGAGAUCGA